AUGUUCACCACGCGCCUGCUCAUGCUGGUGAUAUGCCUGGCAAUUCCAUCCUCGGCAUUCCCAAAACGGCAAAUGGGGUCCAUCUCUCCAUAUACCCCGAACAUCGGCAGAUCCAACGGAAUCUACCAGAUCCCCAGCACCCUGUACAACGGAUCCAGCAAGGCUCAAUUUGACAUUCAAACAGAAACAUCAACCCUGGACACCAGCACACUCCUGAGCCUGGAUGCACCAAAAUUCGAUACAAUCAACGCCUCCGUCUUCGACUGGUGGUAUUUCGACGCCGUGUCCGAAACUAACCCGGACGUUUCAUUGACCAUAACAUUCUUCUCUUCAACGGCUGCAGCAUUCCCAUUCCUGGCCGCUAAUCAAUCCUCGCCGCUCACGGCUUGGAUCUGGGCUUCGUUCGCUAAUGGGACUGUCUUUGCUGAUUAUGUUCCAGCAACUGUCGCGACUUUGACAGGCGUUGACGGGACUCAUACUGAAGGUGCGGGAAUCUGGCAUGAAACGGGAUUCGCUUGGGGUGCUUCGACGGCGCCUCAGACUAGGUAUGAGGUUACUGUUGCUUCGGAGAAGCUCCAGGUUCAUGGACGACUUGGUUUGACUGCGACGGUCCCGUAUCAUUUGCCGUGCGGGAUUCAAAAGGAGAAAUCAAUUCUUGAAAUUGCUCCUCAUAUCGGAUGGGUCAAUCUCGUGCCCGAUGCCGAGGGCGUUGUCGAUAUGAACAUACGUGGAUCGACAUUGAGUUUCCGAGGUCCGGGCUAUCAUGACAAAAAUUGGUCUGAUAGACCUUUCAUGGAAUCGGUCGAGAGCUGGUACUGGGGCCAUGGUCGUCUGGGCCCGUACUCGAUUGUGUGGUUCAGUUUUCUCGCUCUGAACGACACUACGAACUCAACAUAUGUUAGUAGCUAUGUCGCGAAGGAUGGAAAUGUUCUUGUUUCCGCUUGCGACGCGAGUCUGCUCACUGUGCGUCCGGUUGGGAGCCCUGGUACCACGGGGGGACGGUACCCGCCCAUGGCAGGGGAUAUCCCUGAAGGAUUUCAUUUGGAUUUUGAUUUGGGGGAAGAAAGUCACCUCUUGGUUAAUGUUUUGAUGAGAGCAGUUGUUGCCGGUGAUGGUGAAUACUAUGUGCGGUGGACGGGUGAUCUGGCUGGCGAAGUGAGCAGGUCUGAGAGUACAUUGCGCGGACCUUGUCUCCCUAGCUCGGAGAGCGAGCAGGGUAGAGAGGACGCUUUGAUUGGGGUUGCGGUUUUCGAACAAUUUGUAGUGUUGGAGUGA